AUGCGUCGGCACCGGAGCCCCUACCCGGGGUCCCGGCUGAGCGCGCUGCGUGGGGACCCCGGUCCAGGUGGUCCGCCGCGCAGGGACGACGACGAUGGGCCCAGCCCGCCGCUCUGCUGCAGAGACCGCUCCAAGUCACGCUCAAAGUCACGCUCCAAGUCCCGCUCCAAGUCCCGCUCACCGGAGUCCCAGCAGCGGCCUUCGUCGUCGGCCAGCGUCCGUGGCGUGCUGAGCCUGGAUCAGGAGGUUGGCUUGAGCGACGCCCUGCUCCUCGAGCCGCCCACCGAAGAGGCCUUCAUUGCCAACCUGCAUCAGCGAUUCAAGAGGGACCUCAUAUACACCUACAUCGGAACCGUGGUGGUCUCUGUGAAUCCGUACAAGAAGCUGGCCCUCUACUGUCCGGACGUGAUUCAGGCCUACGAGAAGUGCAGCAUGUUUGAGCUGCCUCCGCACAUCUAUGCACUAGCGGACAAUGCAUACACAUCCUUAAAAGAUCGCAAUCAAGAUCAGUGCGUCAUCAUCACUGGGGAGAGCGGCGCAGGAAAAACAGAGGCAAGCAAGCUGGUGAUGCAGUACGUGGCGGCCGUGUCCGGCAGGGACGAAGAGGUGGGCGCCAUCAAAGAGCACAUAUUGAGGAGCACGCCCAUCCUCGAAGCCUUCGGGAAUGCCAAGACUCACCGAAACGACAACUCCUCAAGAUUUGGCAAAUACACUGAUAUUGAAUUCGACUUCAAAGGGGAUCCGGUCGGGGGAGUGAUUACAAAUUAUCUUCUUGAAAAGUCCAGGGUAAUCAGCCACAUGCAGGGAGAGCGCAACUUCCAUUUUUUCUAUCAGUUGUUGAGCGGAGCCGAAGUUCACCUCUUAAAAAGUCUAAAGCUGCAAAGGAACACGGAAAACUAUUCCAUUCUCAAGCACAGCAGAUGUUCUCAAUUGGAAAGUAUGGAUGACAGGAGUUAUUUUGUUUUGACGAAGAGGUCGAUGGAGGCGCUGGGAUUGAGCCAGUCUGAAGUGCAUGCCGUGUUCCAAGUGGUUGCCGUCGUGCUCAAGUUGGGAAACGUAGAGUUUCAACCGAGGGCCAACAUCGACGACACGGAAAGCUGCGCCCUCCUCAACGAGUAUGAGUUGUACGAAGUUUGCGAGUUGCUCCGCGUGGACUUUGCAUUCCUCCAUUCUGCCUUGACCCAGAAGAUGGUGGAGACGAGGCACGACGUGGCCGUCACCGACCUCUCAGCCAAUGAAGCCACAUAUUCCAAGAAUGCCUUAUGCAAAGCUUUGUACAGCCGCCUAUUCACGUGGUUAGUAAGCCGGAUAAAUGAUAGCAUACGGGCGAAGCGCCUCGGAAAAAGAAAAUGUCUCGGAAUCCUGGACAUUUACGGAUUUGAAGUUCUAGAGAAAAACAGCUUUGAACAGUUCGUUAUAAAUUAUUGCAACGAGAAGAUUGAGCAACUCUUCAUUGUGCUUACGCUCAAACAAGAACAGGAAGAGUACGUACGUGAGGGUAUUCAAUGGGAGCACAUAGACUACUUUAAUAAUGCAAUAAUCUGUGACCUCAUUGAAAAGAAUAACCACGGCAUCCUGGCGAUGCUGGAUGAAGAGUGCCUUCGACCGGGGCCCGCCACUGACGAGAGCUUUCUGUACAAGCUGACCAAGGUGUGCCAAGACAGCCCUUACUUCGAGAGCAAGGGAUGCAAAAACCUCACGGGUGCCGCCGCCGACGUCUCGCUGCCGCCACAGUGCUUCCGUCUUAGGCAUUACGCCGGUGCUGUUACCUAUUCUGUUGUUGGUUUUAUUGAUAAAAACAAUGAUCAUCUCUACCGUGACCUGUCUCAAGCCAUGUACAGUUGCGAUCAUUCCCUGAUGAAGGUUCUGUUUCCUGAAGGGAACCCGAAGCGCACGACGCUGAAGCGUCCAACAACGACUGCCACACAGUUCAAGAUUUCCAUUGGAGCACUUGUGAAAAAUUUGCAAGCGAAAACGCCAAACUACGUACGCUGCAUCAAGCCAAAUGAACUCAAGCAGCCGAUGAUCUUCGAGAUGGCACUGGUUCAGCAUCAAGUCCGUUAUCUCGGACUGUUGGAGAACCUGAGGGUGCGUCGCGCGGGGUUCGCCUUCAGGCAGGACUACGUGGCAUUUCUGGAGCGCUACAAGCUGCUCAGCGUUCGCACCUGGCCUCAGUGGACGGGCCUGCCCAUCGACGGAGUCACGCUCCUGCUCCGAGAUCUGCCAAUCCACCCGUCCGAGUACGUCUUCGGCCGGACCAAGAUAUUUAUCAAGAGCCACCGUACGGUUUGCGAACUGGAGGAAUUUCGGCGCGAACGGUUGAGCGAACUGGCCGUCCUCAUCCAGAAGACCUGGAGAGGAUACGUCAUGAGGGAGAGGUUUCUGCGCAUGCGCGAAAGUCAAGUCAUUCUUUCAAGCAACUACAAGUGCUGGAAGGCUCGUCGUGAGUUCUUGCGUAAGCGGCAAGCGGCGACCACCAUUGCUGCCUAUUAUAGAGGAUGGAAGGCGAGGCAAGAGUUCGAGCGCCGGAAAAAUCUCGUGACGAGGGAGGAGUUCCACGGCGUCAGGCAGGCGAGGAAGCGGGAGUGUGCGGCGCGUGUCCUGGGCAGGUCCUACCGCCUCUAUAAGCGCCGGCGGUACCUGUUGUGGCUGGCGCGCAACUUGCCAUCUGACUCGCCGGCGGACCGCUCGUGGCCCCCGGCGCCUCGGUUCCUGUUGCAGACCAGCCACCUGCUGAGGAAGUUGCAUCACAAAUGGAGGUGCACAAGGUACAAGCAGAAACUCGAUCAAACUGCUCGAAAUCGCAUGCGCGAGAAAAUGACUGCCAGCAUCAUCUUCAAAGACAACAAGGCCUCCUAUCCGAAGAGCGUGUCCCAUCCGUUCCGGGGUGACUAUGUACGGCUGCGCCAGAACGUGAAGUGGAAACGGCUAUCGGACGAAACGGGGGACCAGUACAUCGUCUUCGCGGACAUCAUCAGCAAGAUAACCAGAUCUAGUGGCAAGUGCGUGCAGACUCUGUUCGUGGUGAGCACCAAUGCGAUGCUGAUCAUGGACCAGCGGACCUUGCAGAUCAAGUACCGCAUUCCAGUGACCGACAUUUACAGGAUAUCUCUCAGUCCUUUCCUGGACGACAUCGCCGUCUUUCAUAUACGCACGACUGAAGCGACAAGAAAGAAAGGGGAUUUCAUCUUCGAAACUGGCCACGUCAUCGAGAUCGUGACCAAGCUCUUUCUCGUCAUUCAAAACGCCACCGGGAAAACGCCGGAAGUCAACUUCUCGACAGAGUUCGAGGUGAACUUCGGCAAGGACACAGGGGUGCUCGCGUUCCGCUGCACUUCGAUGGGCGACUCACACCCGGGGCAGAUCAGGAUCUACCGCAAGGGAAACCGGAUGGAAGUGUUGUUAUGAGGAUGACUUUCUUAGGGCACUUUUUUCCAAUUGCACAUCGAGAGCCCCCUCGCCAGCAUAGGAGAGGAAAGGCCGAGGACGUGAAGAACUCUCCAUGCACAGAAAGAACGUCGCUGUUCCGCUCUUCUGCCUUCGCGCUGCGUAAGCAGAGGGUUUGAUGCUUUCGUUCCGGCGGGGCUCCACCGUUCCCUCUUUGCGUUCGGCCACGAAAGAAGAAUGACGAACAAAACUACUGCCUUUCGAGAGCUGCCAAAUAUUCCUACGUGGCUGUCGCCACACGCAGUUUUACUUUCUUUUAACGGGACUAGAGGUGUGUAUGUAGGUACGUCUUUUGGCCUGAAGUGGCGGGACUUGAGGCUUUUUCGUGUCAUACGAAAAGUUCAA